CCGGACAUCUUCCGGGUCGACGGAAAGUUCGUGCGUGCCGUACAGAGCCCGGACUGUCUGCAAAGGAGGGCUGCUGUCCGUGUCGUUGAGCUCCUCCUGCAGUGCGAUUGUCAGGUGUGUGUGUGCACCAUGGCGAGCCUCCUUCGUGUUGUGGCGGCCAGCUGCUCAGCCCCCAUCUUCAGCGGGGUGUCCUGCGCCAAGCUGCAGAGCAGCAACGCCGUCAAGUCCUCAUACGUGCGUUUUUUUAGGACCCAUCAAGCUCUGGGGCGAUGUGCUAGUCCAGGUAUUCCAUACAAGCAGCUCACAGUCGGCGUUCCCAAAGAAAUCUUCCAAAAUGAGCGCCGCGUGGCGCUGUCUCCGGCCGGCGUCCAGGCUCUCAUCAAGCAGGGCUUCAACGUGGUCGUGGAAUCGGGGGCCGGAGAGUCUUCCAAGUUUCCCGAUGAGCAGUACGCUCAGGCCGGAGCCACGAUUAAAGACAUAAAAGACGUCCUGGCAUCUGACGUGGUGGUUAAGGUCCGGGCGCCCACUUUUAACCCCGCUCUGGGCGUCCACGAGGCGGAGAUGAUGAAGGACGCAGCUACUCUAGUCAGCUUCGUCUAUCCAGCCCAGAACCCCGAGCUGAUGGACAUGCUGUCCCAGAAGAAAGCCACCGUGGUGGCCAUGGACCAGGUGCCCCGGGUCACCAUCGCCCAGGGCUACGACGCUCUCAGCUCCAUGGCAAACAUUGCAGGGUAUAAGGCAGUUGUACUGGCCGCGAACAGUUUCGGACGUUUUUUCACUGGACAAAUCACAGCAGCUGGAAAAGUGCCUCCUGCGAAGGUAUUGAUCAUUGGAGGAGGUGUAGCCGGGCUGGCAGCAGCUGGCAGUGCUCGCGCCAUGGGAGCCAUCGUGAGAGGAUUCGACACCAGAGCUGCAGCUCUGGAGCAGUUCAAGUCUCUGGGCGCGGAGCCGCUGGAGGUGGACAUCAAGGAGUCUGGCGAGGGCCAGGGCGGCUACGCCAAGGAAAUGUCCAAGGAGUUCAUCGAGGCAGAGAUGAAGCUGUUCGCCAAGCAGUGUCUGGAUGUGGACAUCAUCAUCACCACGGCGCUCAUCCCCGGGAAGCGGGCGCCCAUCCUCAUCACAACGCCCAUGGUGGAGAGCAUGAAGGACGGGUCCGUGGUGGUGGACUUGGCUGCUGAGGCCGGAGGAAACAUUGAGACCACGGUUCCCGGAGAGCUGUCAGUUCACAAGGGAGUGACCCAUAUUGGCUACACGGACCUGCCCAGCCGUUUACCAACACAGUCCAGCACUCUGUACUCCAACAACAUCACCAAGCUGAUGCGGGCCAUCAGCCCCGACAAGGACAACUUCUACCUGGACGUCAAGGAUGUGUUCGACUAUGGGACCAUGGAUCACGUCGUCAGAGGAUCAGUCGUCAUGCAGAAUGGAAAGAACCUGUUUCCCGCUCCUCAGCCCAACAAUGUGCCCGUAGCAGCUCCCCCCAAACCCAAGUCUGUCAAGGACCUGGAGGCAGAGAAGGCUGCGCAGGUCUCCCCUUUCAAGGCGACGCUCACCACCGCCGGCAUGUACACUGGAGGAGCGGCCACUCUGCUGGGCCUGGGCCUGAGCGCUCCAAACGCCGCCUUCACCCAGAUGGUCACCACCUUCGGCCUGGCCGGCAUCGUGGGAUACCACACCGUGUGGGGAGUCACUCCUGCCCUGCACUCUCCCCUCAUGUCCGUCACCAACGCCAUCUCAGGUCUCACAGCCGUGGGUGGUCUGUCCCUGAUGGGAGGCGCCUACACUCCGACAACGACUGCCCAGACGCUGGCUGUGCUCGCCGCCUUCAUCUCCUCGGUCAACAUUGCCGGCGGUUUCCUGGUGACUCAGAAGAUGUUGGACAUGUUCAAGCGCCCCACCGAUCCUCCAGAGCACAACUACCUCUACCUGCUUCCCGGCGGCGUCUUUGUGGGAGGUUACGCCGCCGCUCUGCAGUCUGGAUACAACAUUGAACAGAUGAUGUACUUAGGCUCGGGCCUGUGCUGCGUCGGUGCCCUGGCCGGCCUCUCCAACCAGAGCACAGCUCGUCUGGGUAACGCUUUGGGCAUGAUGGGAGUCGCAGGGGGCAUCGCGGCCACUCUGGGCGCCCUCAAACCAAGCCCGGAGCUCCUGACGCAGAUGAGUGCAGCCAUGGCUGUGGGCGGCACUGCUGGCUUGGCCAUUGCUAAGAAGAUCCAGAUCACCGACCUGCCGCAGCUCGUGGCCGCUUUCCACAGCCUGGUGGGCCUGGCCGCCGUGCUCACCUGCGUGGCCGAGUACAUGAUCGAGUACCCCCACUUUGCCACCGACCCCGCGGCGAACCUCACCAAGAUAGUGGCCUACCUCGGCACCUACAUCGGCGGAAUCACGUUCAGCGGCUCCCUGGUGGCCUACGGCAAGCUGCAGGGCAUCUUGAACAGCGCUCCCCUGAUGCUUCCUGCCCGUCACGCUCUCAACGCCAGUCUCAUGGCCGCUUGCGUCGGCGGGAUGAUUCCCUACAUGAUGGAUCCCAGUUACACCACUGGCAUCACCUGCCUCGGAUCAGUGUCUGCCCUCUCCGCUGUCAUGGGCGUGACCUUGACUGCAGCUAUCGGCGGCGCCGACAUGCCGGUGGUCAUCACGGUGCUCAACAGCUACUCGGGCUGGGCGCUGUGCGCCGAGGGCUUCCUGCUCAACAACAACCUGCUGACCAUCGUCGGAGCUCUCAUCGGCUCGUCUGGAGCCAUUCUGUCUUACAUCAUGUGUGUGGCAAUGAACCGCUCGCUGGCUAAUGUCAUCCUGGGAGGCUACGGCACGUCUUCCACCGGCACAGGAAAGCCCAUGGAGAUCACCGGGACACACACAGAGGUCAACGUGGAUCAGACUGUCGACAUGAUUAAAGAGGCCAACAACAUAAUCAUCACUCCAGGUUAUGGACUCUGCGCUGCCAAGGCGCAGUACCCCAUCGCCGAGCUGGUGAAGAUGCUGGCUGAGGCGGGCAAGAAAGUCAGGUUUGGCAUUCACCCGGUGGCGGGCCGCAUGCCCGGCCAGCUCAACGUGCUGCUGGCCGAAGCCGGCGUCCCGUACGAUAUCGUCCUGGAGAUGGAGGAGAUCAAUGAGGACUUCCCGGAGACUGAUCUCGUGCUGGUGAUCGGCGCCAACGACACGGUGAACUCGGCCGCCCAGGAAGACCCCAACUCCAUCAUCGCCGGCAUGCCCGUGCUGGAGGUCUGGAAGUCAAAGCAGGUGGUGGUGAUGAAGCGUUCGCUGGGCGUGGGCUACGCCGCUGUCGACAACCCCAUCUUCUACAAGCCCAACACGGCCAUGUUGCUGGGCGACGCCAAGAAGACCUGCGACGCCCUGCAGGCCAAAGUCCGCGAGACCCAGAGCCAGUAACAUGGCCCCCGGCCUCAGACCGACGCCUUCCAGCAAGAGCACAGGAGAGAAGGGGCGGGCGGCGAGGAACAGUUCCCUAAAGUACUCCGUCUAUCAGGUCGUCUUUGUCCAGUUGUGAGAGGGCCAACUGAGCAAUGAUGAAGCUGGACAGCUGUUUGUUUGUUUUUUUUGGUGAACCCUUUUUUGUCUAUCUAUAAUGAAAUAUUUGUCACAAAAAAAAAAGCCAAACAGUGCAGAUCGCUUUCCCCCCCCACUGAUGUAAUGUACUUUAGCACAGGAUGUAUUUUCUUUCCAUUUUGACACUUGUUUGUUUAUAGAUACAAAAGAAAGGGUCCGCCAAGUGUAAAUUGGUGUAAUCUGGGGAGCAACUGACCGAGUGUCACCUUCGUUUUUAGACAAUACAAAUAAUGUGCAACAAUCAGAAGUGUAGAUGAAUUGAAGUGUUAGAGAUUUCACUGUUAAGAUGUUUUAGCGAAUAGUUAAUAGCUUUAAGGAAAUCAUUAGGUGAAUUGGAGUAAAACACACCUUAUGAAUGCGUUAAGCGCUAAUAUUUGUCCAUACUGUAAAGACUUUCCCUCCUUUUUCCUCCAGAGAUUGAGUUUAGGGUCAGAACAUUUGUUCUAGCUGAUGAAUAAAAAGAAAAAAAGCAAAAAUAGUGCAGCGAUUUUUUUUGUAAAGCUCUUUCAGUUCCAGUUUUCUACUGUAUCGAGAGAUUUUUGUAUUCGGUCCGAUAUUUAUCAGAAGCGUAGGAGGCGCUCGUCGUCGUCGUGCAGCUUGCUUUUUUUCUUUUUACUUGAAAAUGUCUCGUCACUCCCACGGAAGUGCAGAGAUCGGGGUGUGCCUAUUGGUCCUGUGUGGUUGUGAUGUUUCCGUACACGUGACGCCGCUGGCCUUGGCGGUGGAGGAGGGUUCGGCGUUUUGAAGGGAACGUGGCUCGUCCGCUCCGACGGGGAAUGAAGGAUCACUGUCUGUAAAGUAGGGCCAGACGUUAACCUGACUGUUGUGUAAACCCAAUCAGCGAUACUCUUAUUAGAUUUAAGUUUGUUGCCACAUUUGAGAACUGAUGUCAAGUUUGUGAACUCCAUUUGUUUUGUUUUUUUCCUUCUUCUUCUAGUUUUGGUUGAUGAACAUUUGCCAUCUCCCUAACUUGUGCCAAGCCUUCCUCCCCCUUCAUUCAAUCUGAAUUGACUCUACAGCACCAAUAGAAAUGGUUUGGUCCCCAAAUAACCACACGAGAAGUACAAAGAAGACAGUUUGGAAAGUGCAUCAUCCUUUUUGAGAUCAUUUUAGCGCUGUGCUGCUUUCACAAAGACGAUACAGAGAUUGAAUUAGUACGAAUGUAUGUUGGUGCAGGAACAGCAGUUCAUGAGACGACAUGUCCACAUCUUCAUCACUGUUUUUGUGUUCGAGUACUGUACAACGUGUUUAUCCUCUGACCUGAUGAGUUGACCAUGACAACUAUCCUACCUCUCCAUACCUUGACCAAGAACUCUCUCUCCCCGACCAACCUCCCUGUACUGGACCCACCUUCAGAUCAAAACACACCUAAAUAAACACUUUGUUUUUUUUUUUAAGCUCCUGUUUUUCCAAAACCAGGACCAAUGGCCUUCUGUUUUUGUGUUCACAAGACAUUUUUCACCACCAGACCUCAGAUUGCUUCCUAGUUUACCCUUGUUGUGUUUUCCAAGUAUCAAGUAUCGUGCUCCUGAGGAUGGCUUUUCCUCUAAACUGUCAGAUUAGACAAACACAUGCGGUCUGUGUGGAGUCGGGACCGUCAAAUUCUGCCUGAUAUUUGUAGCCUGUCACCAUUUUUUUGAGGUGUUGAUGAAAUUGAAGACGAAAAGUUGUGAUGAUUUUAAUGAGAUGCCCUCAGCUUUGUAACUUCUUCUAAAGGAGAGUAUUUUUGUAAACCGGCACCGUGUCUGUGCAGAGCGGCAGUGGGGUUUUUUGAAGUUGUACAAUGUUUCAUUGCGCCAUGUGAGGGAGAUGAAAUGUACUGUGAAUCUGUCUUUUCCCCUCGUCUGUUUAUCAUGGAACAUCUUCGUCCCUAAUAAACCUGUAUUUACACUAGA